AUGAAUUGUGGUCGCAGCUUUUGUUGCAAGACCUUCUUCUAUUCCCGAGUUAAUCCAGAGCCCUUCGUCACUAACCCAACAGUGCCAGCUGCUGUUGUACCAAAUACCCCGCUGGUGCUGUUGGUGACAACUCAGCUUAUGCAGGACCAAGGCAAUCCUCACUCCAGGAAUGCUAGGUUCAAGACCUGCCGUCCCUACUGCUGCUCUCAGGAGAGUUUUGGUGUGUGUCUAACAGGUGUUCACCACGUGGGACUGCUGGGUGAAGAAGGCCUCUGGAGGGCUGCAGCAGGAUGCCAGGCCUUCAUCUCCUCCUACAUUCGGCAUCCCCAACAGCAGGAGUGUUUCCACCUCUCUGGAUGGGACCAGAAGGCUCGGAGGCCAGCAGGGAACGACAUAGGAGAAGAACUGAGCAGAGCCCAGACCCUCAAAGAACAGCUCCAGAAGCUCCAGGAAGAGUUUUAUCACCUGCAUUGGAGCAUAAAGGAUGUCACCGAGCGUGCUCUCCAUGAAGCCCUGAAGCAGUCUAAGCUCCCAGGCUUUUCUGGAUCAGGAAGGGCAUGCUGCAGAAGGCUCUCCUCAGAGGUUUCUUUCCUCCCUCCAGACUUUAUCCUUCUACAGUUCCCUGUCCUGGCUAGCCAAAAGGCUGGCGUGGCUGGAACAAGUGCUGUGCGUGACCACGCUUCCUUUCCUCUUGCUCCACACUUCUGUAUGGGGGAAGAGAGCGCCGUGAUGGGAGUUACAGUUGCUUUACUUACACCUUCCUCAGACCUUGCAGGGGAGAUGAUUGUCCCAUUCCUUUCCCUGCUAACAGGCGCUUGCCUUUGUUCUCUUCCCCAGGCUGUUCAAGAGGUCAUCAAUCAAGUCUUGGAGAAGCUGGAAGAAAGCCAAGUCCCAAUGACUGAUUACGCCCUCAGAUCAUCAGGGGCUGCUGUCAUUCCCGAAUGCACAAGUCCAUCCUUCCGGAAUAGGGCAGAAAAAGUCAUCUUGUAUUCCCUGCCACUGGUGGAUUAUGUGAGAUCUCCUGAGCUUAUUCUUGAGAAGGAAAAUCAUCUAGGAAACUGCUGGCCCUUCCACGGAAGUCAGGGACACGUCCUCAUCAAGCUCUCUGUGCCAGUCAUUCCCAGAGCAGUCACCAUGGACCAUGUCUCAGGGCCAGAGCUCCAUGGAGACAGUAUGUCCAGUGCUCCAAAGGACUUUGCUGUCUACGGGGUGACGGAAGAAAAGGAGGAGCAGUUCCUGGGACAGUUUGUUUUCCUGGCACCACUGAAUCCCACCCAGACCUUUCGGCUAAAGAACGAGCUCUCCGGGUUUGUGAAUUACAUCCUGCUGCAAGUGCUGAGCAACUGGGGCCACCCGGACUACACCUGCGUGUAUCGGUUCAGGGUGCACGGUGAUCCUCUCAGCGAGGAGGGGAAGGUGCCACUUCGAUCUGACAACAAAGCUCCUUGAUUGUCAUUGAGUGUUUUGCCUGUGAUAAUAAAGCUCCUUGAUUGUUGGAAAGGACAGAAAGAGGUGAUCUUCAUUCUCAGUGUUACCAACUUGCCAUCUGGGCUUGGGAAAUACCAGACUAAAAUACUGGUGCUAAGACCAAACCAGUGUGUUUGGGAAUGCCAUUGCUGGGCAUUAUGAUUUAUGACCUCAUCCUUGUCACCAGUGCAGGCUCAUGCUGCAGUACAGUACUCAUCUCAAUCUGCUAUCUCAUCUUGACUCACAAGAGACAAAGCUUCACAGAGGGGUCAUGGCAGAUGAAAUCCCUGCUUGAUGCCCAGAGGAGAUGGGGGCCAUCUAUUUUUGCAGUACGUUGUCUUUCAGCCCCAACUCCUCCAGAUGUCCUUUUAAUGAAGUUUCCUGUGAAGAACCCCAUUUUCUGUCAAAAUCUGCU